UGAUAACAGAGCAUUCCAAGCGGAGCAAAAGCAUCAAGUGCACAGUGUGGACAGUUUCAUGUUACCGGUCAAGGCCUAUCUCUUUCUACAGAUCUUCCCUUUUUGUAUUGUAUUCGAUCAACAUCUGGUCAUCAGGACAAUCGGUAACAGUCUUCAAGCUGUGAUGCCCAAUAUUAUUGGAAGAAAGAUCCCUCAAGUGUUCGAUUUGACCAGACCUUUAAUCGAUUAUACUUGGAAGGCGAUUUUGGGCCACACAAACAAUAUAUUCGAGCUAACGUCAAUUGAACCAAUCAGAAAGAAAGAUAACAACGAAAAUCACGUAACACACGUGAGAACUAAAUCCGAAAUGGAAUCAUCCGAAGACGAAGAAUACGAUGAUUCGAAAAACGAAGAUAAACUUCUACUCUUAAAAGGGCAGAUGAUGUAUAUGGAAGAAUGGAAGAGUAUAGUUUAUCUCGGGACACCAGUUAUGAGAGAUUUGGAUGCCAUGCUUCAUACAGGUCUUUACAUUAAUGACCUCAGUAUGCAUGAUUUUAGUAGAGAUAUGGUUUUGGCAGGCCAACAACAAUCUGCUGAACUUAAAUUAGCAUUAGAUCAGGAAUUACAAAAGAGUAGGCAACUAGAAGAAUCGAUGAGGAAGUUAGACAUUGAGAUGAAACGAACUGAUGAACUCCUCUAUCAGAUGAUACCCAAACAAGUUGCAGAUAGAUUAAGAAGAGGAGAAGCUGCUGUAGAUACUUGUCAAUACUUUGAUUGUGUUACCAUUUUAUUCAGUGAUGUAGUGACAUUUACUGAAAUUUGUAGUCGUAUAUCUCCUAUGGAAGUUGUAUCCAUGUUAAAUGCUAUGUACAGUUUAUUUGAUCAACUUACUGAAAAACACGGUGUAUAUAAGGUAGAAACAAUAGGAGAUGCUUACAUGGUGGUGUCAGGUGCACCCGAACACGAUCCUAAACACGCUGAGAAGGUGUGUGACAUGGCUUUAGACAUGGUCGUCGUUAUUGGUGGACUUAAAGACCCUUCUACAGGAAGAAGUUUAAGGAUACGUGUUGGUGUACACUCUGGUGCAGUAGUUGCUGGAGUUGUGGGACUUAAAAUGCCAAGGUAUUGCUUGUUUGGUGACACAGUUAAUACCGCAUCCAGAAUGGAAAGCACUAGUGAUGCGCUGAAAAUUCAUAUAAGCGAACGAACCAAAGAGCUCUUGAAUUCGGAAGAAUGGGAUAUUUCAGAUAGAGGAACAAUCCCCGUAAAGAACGGAUUUGAAUGCGGACUCUCAUGUUGGCAAGGAAGAUACUUAUAUAAUUCUAUUAGUAAUGCGCGCCAUGACUGAGCAUCACUGAACAGAAAACUUUUGUGUUUCUUGAAAUAUUAUUAUAUAAUUACAUAUUAUUCUACGGCCCAUUUACUAAAAUUGUAUUUAGAACAUAAUACACAAGAAAUAAGAAAUUAAACCCAAUUUAUUUUUAUUAUAAUUCUUUGUUACUGUUUUUCACAAAUGUGAAGGAUGUUUUCUUCAUUAUUUCUUCGUUUUUACGUUUAUUUCAUUGUU